AUGGUUCGUUUGACGGUUGAGUUGAUUAAUGACUCACUUCAAUAUCUUAAUACUGUUCGUGAUCGAGAGUUAAGCUUACGAGCCUGCAAAAUUCCUGUGCUGGAAAAUCUUGGUGUUACGAAGGAUCAGUUCGAUACGAUUGAUUUAACUGAUAAUGAUAUCAGGAAACUGGAGAAUAUUCCUUUGUUGAGACGACUUAGCACACUUCUUAUGCACAAUAAUCGCGUACAGCAGAUAAUGCCGAACAUUGGUGAAGCGUUGCCAUCAUUGAAGACUCUAGCGUUGACGAAUAAUAAUUUAUGUGAAUUGGAUGAUAUUGAUCCUCUAGCGACUUGUCCAAAAUUGGAAUAUCUAACAUUGAUUGGAAACCCAGUAACUCAUAAACCACAAUAUCGUCUUUAUGUAAUAUAUAAAGUACCAUCAGUGCGUGUCCUCGAUUUUAAACGAGUUCGUCUUGCAGAAGCGAUUGCAUCUGCUUCAAGCCUUGCUGAAGUGGAACGAUUGCAAGCAAUUUUACAAAGUGGACGAAUUCCGGAAAGCGGUUGGAACCGUGGAAGCAUUGAUAAUGUAGCAGAAGAAGAUACAAGGAGGAAUGCAGAAGAGAGUAAUGGAUUUGUUGUGGAACAAGAAGAUGAAGGUGACGAUGUUCCUUCACCGCUAGCAAGUCCUACUGGUGAUUUGGAUAAUGAUGUACAGUCUCCAAUAUCAAAUCCACCUGAGGAAAAAAAGUUGGAUAAUGGACAAAUGGAGUACGUGGAAGAAAAAUAA